UCUUCACUUUCACUACCUGUAUCUCUCUCUACAACUUUCCCGGAAAACUGAACUUUCUCUUUCUAGGAAAAUAAAAAAAUACCUUUGAUAAGUUAAUAACUGCGUGGCUUCUCUUGAAGACCCUCUUUUUUUCUUUUUUGAGAUCUACUUGUGUACAGCUUCGGAUAGAGAUUGCAGAGAGAGAGAGAGAGAGAGAGGGGGAGGGGGAGGACAAGUAGAGAUAGAAAGAAACUAUCACUCCGAGAAAGAGAAAGGAUUGAACAUCAAAGGUGGGGAUAAAACUCAAAUAAUUGCAGUAAGGUUUGCUUGAAACUGACUAGCUGCUAGUCAUUGUCAGGAGAUGAAUAGCCUACUCAGUAGGCCAUCACAGUCACUCCCGUGUAGCAUGCAAGCUGAUUUUGCAAGUGUUCGAUUGGUAUCCGACGAUCACAGCUAGUAUUGGUAUUUCUGCUAGCGAUCACCAUGCAACUAACCUUUCCUCAAAGAGUUUCUAUUGGGUAUUGUCUGGUGAAGAAGUAGUUAGUGUUCCUGUUGAGUGAUUAGUGAAAAGAGGCAUAAAUUAUAAGGAGGUGCAGCUUUAAGCAGCAAUGUAAUUUAUUUAUUUUGGCUUUCACUGGGAGGCUCCUCUGUUGCUUGGAAGUGAUAUUAAAUAUCAUACUGAUCAGUAACAUGGAAACUGAGUUUGUAAAUGCUAACCAUCUACCGCAUUUUCUUCGUCGGGCGCUUCCUGCUCUGGGACCUGGGCUUCUGAUUGCAAUUGGAUAUGUUGAUCCUGGAAAGUGGGCAGCAACUGUCGAAGGAGGUGCACGUUUUGGGUUUGAUCUGGUGCUGCCGAUGCUUAUUUUCAACUUUGUUGCCAUUUUAUGCCAGUAUCUCUCUGCUCGAAUUGGUGUGGUAACUGGAAAAGAUCUUGCCCAGAUUUGCAGUGAUGAGUAUGACAAGUGGACAUGCAUGUUUCUAGGAGUUCAAGCAGCACUUUCGGUGAUUGCAUUGGACCUCACUAUGAUUCUCGGCAUUGCACAUGGUCUUAAUCUUCUCUUUGGAAUGGACUUAUCCACCUGCGUUUUUUUAGCUGCUGUUGAUGCUGUUUUAUUUCCAGUUUUUGCUACCCUCCUGGAGAGAUGCAAGGCAAGUUUCCUCAGCACAUGCAUUGCAGGCUUCUUAUUACUUUUGUAUUUCUUCGGAGUUCUCAUCAGCCAACCAGAAAUCCCUCUUCCCAUGAACGGGAUGCCAAUAAAAUUAAGUGAGGACAGUGCAUUUGCUCUGAUGAGUCUUCUUGGAGCAAGUAUCAUGCCUCACAAUUUUUUCCUCCAUUCUUCUAUGGUGCUGCAACAUCAGGGGCCACCAAAUAUUUCCAAGGGUGCCUUGUGCCUUAACCAUUUUUUUGCCAUUUUAUGCAUCUUCAGUGGCAUCUAUCUGGUAAAUUAUGUGCUUAUGAACUCCGCUGCAAAUGUGUUCUACAGUACUGGCCUUGUUUUACUUACUUUUCCUGAUGCGAUGUCACUUAUGGAGCCGGUGUUCAGAAGUCCAGUAGCACUCUGUGUCUUUUCACUCAUUUUGUUUUUCGCGAAUCACAUCACUGCACUUACCUGGAAUCUUGGUGGGCAAGUAGUGCUUCAGGGUUUUCUCAGACUGGAUAUUCCUAAUUGGCUUCAACGUGCAACAAUCAGAAUUAUUGCAGUAGUUCCAGCUCUUUAUUGUGUGUGGACUUCAGGAGUUGAAGGAAUAUACCAGUUGCUUAUAUUUACACAGGUUAUGGUAGCUUUACUACUUCCAUCUUCAGUGAUUCCCCUUUUCCGUAUCGCUUCAUCUAGACAAGUGAUGGCUGCCUACAAAAUUUCUGCAUUCUUGGAGUUCUUAGCGCUGAUUUCAUUCAUGGGGAUGCUUGGCAUAAAGAUUAUUUUUGUGGUGGAAAUGGUUUUUGGGGAUAGUGAUUGGGCAGGCAAUUUGAGAUGGAGCACAAGUGGUGGUUCGUCAACCUCUUACACUGUUCUUCUCAUUACUGCCUGUUCAUCAUUUUGUUUGAUGCUCUGGCUAGCAGCCACCCCAUUGAAAUCUGCAACCCACUUAGAUGCUCAGGUAUGGAAUUGGGAUGUACAAAAUACUGUAUCUGAGCCAUCCAUGCAGAUAGAGGAAGAAAUUUUUAGUGAAACCAGAUAUACUGAAGAGGAAUCCAUAGGGGGUAAAGAACAAUUAUCAGGUCCAGGGAAAUCUGCCGAGAGUUACUCGGAUGUAACUGUUGCAAAUGCUGAUCCUGAUUUGCCUGUGACAAUUAUGGAGUCGGAUCAGGAACAUCAUUUGACUACUAUAAAAGAAAAUCAUUCUGAAAUUACAUUCUCUAGUCCUGGAACAUUCUAUGAGGAGGAAACAUCACCUAUAAUAGAGUCAGUAUCUCUGUCAGCUGCUAUGAAUGUGGUCCCUGGCAGUGAAUUGCUUGGUGCCAAGAAGAUUGAUAUUGAAUCAAUGGACUCAGUUGAAAAGACUGUGGAUAUAGAUGGUGAUUUCCAUGCUGAAAAGGAGGACGAUGAAGGGGAUAGCUGGGAGCCUGAAGAAUCAUCCAAAGGGGUUCCUGGAAGCACUUCAUCUUUGACAUCUGAUGGUCCUGGAUCAUUUAGGAGUCUUAGUGGUAAAAGUGAUGAGGGUGGGAAUGGUGCUGGAAGUCUUUCAAGAUUAGCAGGGUUGGGUCGUGCUGCAAGACGCCAAUUAGCUUCAGUUCUUGAUGAGUUUUGGGGACAAUUGUAUGAUUUCCAUGGGCAAACAACUCAAGAAGCAAAGACCAAGAAACUGGAUGCCCUGGGGGUUGAUUUGAAGCCUUCUUUGUUGAAAGUGGACACUGCUGGGAAAGAAUUUAGCGGAUAUUUCUCAUCUGUUGGUGGUAGAGCAUCUGAUUCUCAGAUCCAUUCAAGUUUGGGCGACUCUCCCAAUCAUUUGAGGGUUCCGAGCAAUAUCGACUCAUCUUAUGGAGGUCAGAGGGGACCAUCCUCUUUGUGGUCCAACCACAUGCAGUUGAUGGAUGCAUAUGCACAAGGUCCCAGCCGCAGUAUAGCUGACUCAAGUGAGAGACGGUAUUCUAGUGUACACACGCUACCAUCUUCUGAUGGCCGGUGUAUUCAGCCAGCUACAGUGCAUGGUUAUCAGAUUGCAUCCAUCAUCAAUCAAAUUGCUAAGGAAAGAGGUUCCAGUAGCUUAAAUGGUCAAAUGGACUCACCAGCACCGAUAUCACCAUCCUUGGGCCCUAGAAACUACAGGGACCCACUUACUGUUGCUAUGGGGCAAAAAUUGCAAAAUGGACCAAGCUCUUCACAACCACCAGGAUUUCAGAACCUUGCAGUAUCUAGAAAUAGCACGUUGCAAUCUGAAAGACAUUAUCAUGAUGUUUACUCUUCUGGAUCUGCUGAUGAUGCUGGCAAGUCAGCUAAUACGAAGAAGUACCAUAGUUUGCCUGACAUCGCAGGGCUUGCUGGUCCUUACAGGGACCUAUAUAUGUCUGAAAAGAAUGCUCAGUGGGACAAGUCUGUAGGAUUUGGUUCAUCGGUUAGUAGAACAGGUUAUGAACAAUCUUAUUAUUCAAAUACAAGAUCAGGUGCAGGUGCAGGUGCAGGAGCAGGAGCCGGAGCAGGAGGCCCUUUGUCUUUUAAUAGACUCCCAAAAGGACAUGGGGAUGCUUUCUCAUUUCACAUGACUCCAGACCCUGGAUCCCUCUGGUCUAGGCAGCCAUUUGAGCAGUUUGGUGUUGCUGACAAAAGUCGUGUUGUUGGGAGUGGAUUAGGAAAUCGGUCUAAUUCUAUCAAUCGCGAAGUAAUUUCUCCUGUGGAUCCCGAGGCCCAACUUCUUCAGUCUUUCAGGCGUUGUAUCGUGAAGCUUUUGAAAUUGGAAGGAUCUGACUGGUUGUUCAGGCAAAAUGAUGGAGCUGACGAGGAUCUGAUUGAUCGCGUUGCUGCAAGGGAGAGAUAUUUGUAUGAAGCUGAAACAAGAGAAAUGAACUGUGUAGCUAACAUGGGUGAAUCUCCAUAUUUGUAUUCUGAUAGGAAGUCUGGUUCUGUUUUGAGGAAUGAUGAUGCAGCUAUCACCAACAUUAUGGUUUCCUCAGUUCCUAAUUGUGGGGAGGGCUGUGUUUGGAGAGUGGAUUUGAUAAUAAGCUUUGGGGUCUGGUGUAUUCACCGCAUUCUAGAUUUGUCACUCAUGGAAAGCCGGCCUGAGCUGUGGGGGAAAUACACUUAUGUGCUUAAUCGUCUCCAGGGUAUCAUAGAAUUGGCAUUUUCAAAGCCCCGUAGUCCCAUGUCCCCAUGCUUCUGCCUUCAAAUCCCUGCAUCCCACCAGCACAGGUCAAGUCCACCUGUUUCGAAUGGAAUGUUGCCACCUGCUUCGAAACCAGGUAGGGGGAAAUGCACAACUGCAGCAACGCUUCUGGACUUAAUUAAGGAUGUAGAGAUUGCCAUAUCUUGCCGAAAGGGACGAUCAGGAACUGCUGCUGGCGAUGUUGCUUUCCCAAAGGGAAAAGAGAAUCUGGCUUCUGUGCUUAAGCGCUACAAGCGCCGACUAUCCAGCAAGGGAAUUGCUAGUAAAUGAGCAGUCUGGGUAGAGCAAGGUUCUGACAUCAGCUCCUAAGAGCUCGUUGCUUUUGUUCCAUCAGUUUGCCCAACUGGAUGGUAUCAAGCUGUUUAAUUUUGAAACGCAGCUUACUAAUUCAGGAAUUCUUACUGCUCAGUUGUUGUGGGUCUCUCUCUCUCUCUCUCUCUCUCUCUCUCAUUAAAAGGUCUGCUGCAAAAAUUAAUUUUCCUUGUAUGUUAUGUAUACAUAGGGAUAUAGAUAACUGGAUAUGUAAUUGCAGCAGAAUUAAAGAAAAAUGGGUAGAAAGGUGGAAAGUUUGAGUAAUUGUAUUUCUGGUUCUGUAACUAAUAACCACCUUAUUUAUGUCAAAAGUCUCGUCAAGUUCUGUAGAGCAAAA